UCACGUUACCCUUGGAAGCAACGUGGACCGCGCUGCAUGCACACCCGUUUCAGUUUUCAGACCAACUGGACGUAUUCAAAGACGGACGUUUCAUCGUCAUCAUGUGGAAGGAAAUGAUGUGCAUCUUGCUUGUGUUGGUCUUAAUCGAAAGACCAUAUAAAGCAGUAGCCGCCACAGAAACUGACAGUUCACCUGCUUUAACUUCCGGUUCUUCCCCAACUGAGACUACAGUUUCCACCGACACAGAAACUGACAGUUCAUCUGCUUCAAUUUCCGGUUCUUCCCCAACUGAGACUACAGUUUCCACCGACACAGAAACUGACAGUUCAUCUGCUUCAAUUUCCGGUUCUUCCCCAACUGAGACUACAGUUUCCACCGCCAAAGACACUGACAGUUCAUCUGCUUCAACUUCCGACCCGUCCUCGACAGGAACUGUAUCUGACCCAACUUCAGGUAAUACAACCUUGCCAGAGCAGGAAGGGUCAGGUCCGUCGACAGAAAAAGACGAUAAUAAAGACAGUGCAGCAGGUGUGGCAGUGGGAAGUGUGGGUGGUGCCGUUGUCAUGUCAGUUGCCGGCGUCUUGAUAAUGAAGUAUUGUGUGUGGUAAGUUCUGCCAACAAAUCAGCAAGGAAUGUAUGAAGUCUUCAGCUCUAAAAGAGGCAAUGCCAUAUGACGGAAUUUACAAUGGGUUUCCGAAGGCCUGUGUCGCAGAGCGUGGCAAUGGAGAAUGUGUGACAUUUUGUACAAUAGUCUGGAAUGAAAGUGCUAUCACGCCAACUUGCAUUAAAUUAAACUCCAAGCUUUUCAUAUAACCAACAUGUUAGUCAUUUAGAAUGACCGAGUAAUAUUUAGAUUCAGUAUUCACACACUUCUGUUCAGGUUGACACCUGAAUAUAAGGUGUAAGUUAUUCGCCAAAUGCCAGAUGCGAUAUGUAUUAUAGUAUGUCUGUAAUGAUGCAUGUAUGCUAUGACAAAUGUGGUGACAGCCGUAUGAGAUACAUUGUAGAUACAUUGUAGCUCGUCUUCUCUAUUAUGCCGAUAAUUUACCUUUUUAUAAUAAAUAUUUAACUGUAAUAAAACUUUUAAAGCAAAGAAAAGACUUAAACGAAGUGUAUAUCAGGUGAAAGACCAAUAAACAUUGUAUGUG